UGUUCAAAGGACAUUGUUUGUAGUCCAACCCAUUUAGACGAGAAAGUCUCUAAAAUUAGUCAAAAAUUAGUAGGAGGAGAGGAACACAGGGUUUUCAUCAAAUCAAUCUUCGUCGACCCAUAAAUAUUUCAUAAUCCAUUCGUCUUCCCCAUUCCUCGCAUAAUUCAUCGCUUUCUCAAUCUUUCCCAAUUUCUCUCUCAUUCUUUCCAUUGCCUCUUCAAUCCUCUUCUUCUAACAAGAAAAUUACCGAGGAACCUUUUUGACUCUUCUUUCACAUACUCCUUUGAUUCCUUAAAUCGCUUGUAAUUAAGGCUAAUUGAUUUGGAUGCUUGGUUGCGUGAAGUUAUCUGGGAUUCUUAUGACGAAUACUGCAGCCGCAACUGAGCUGGAUGCAUUUUAUCCAAUCAGACCUGAAUGCCAAGCAGAUAUUCCGAAGACCCGCUUUAAAAUUAAGCCAGGGAAAACUCUUAGUGCAAGAAGAUGGGAUGCAGCAUUUUCUAAAGAUGGCCAUUUGGAUAUAGCCAAAGUGUUAAGACGAAUUCACCGUGGGGGCAUUCACCCUUCUAUCAAGGGUGCAGUUUGGGAGUUUUUGUUGGGUUGUUAUGAUCCUAAUAGCACAUUUGAAGAAAGGAAUGGAAUCAGACGACAACGUAGGGAGCAAUAUGGCAUCUGGAAAGAUGAAUGCCAAAAGAUGGUUCCAAUUAUUGGUACUGGAAGGUUCGUUACAACGGCUAUUGUCACUGAGGAUGGACGGCCAGUAGAGGAGGAAAGAAGCAGAAAUUUACAAGAAAUAGAUACCGUGGGCACAUCCUCCAGAUCUUCUCUAGAUGCAAACAAUUCUGCUUUAGACAAGAAAGUUACUGAAUGGAAGCUAACCUUACAUCAGAUAGGUUUGGAUGUAGUUCGUACAGAUCGAGCUCUUGUAUAUUAUGAGAAUGAAGCUAAUCAGGCAAAACUUUGGGAUAUUCUUGCCAUUUAUGCUUGGAUUGAUGGUGAAGUUGGUUAUAUGCAAGGGAUGAAUGAUAUUUGCUCGCCAAUCAUAAUUUUACUCGAAAAUGAAGCAGAUGCUUUUUGGUGUUUUGACCAUGCAAUGCGAAGACUGAGAGAAAACUUUAGGUGCAGUACUGGUACAAUAGGUGUGCAGUCUCAGCUGAGUACAUUAUCACAAGUAAUUAAAAUUGUUGAUCCUAAGCUUCAUCAGCAUCUUGAGGAGUUAGAUGGUGGAGAGUAUUUGUUUGCAUUUCGGAUGUUGAUGGUGCUUUUUCGCAGAGAGUUCUCCUUUGUGGACAGUUUAUAUCUUUGGGAGAUGAUGUGGGCCAUGGAAUACAAUCCAAAUAUGUUCUUAUCCUAUGAGUCGGGAUCUGCUUCAAAGGGAGGAGCGGGAACCAGUGGGAACGACAAACACCUAAAACAAUAUGGCAAAUUUGAGAGGAAAAAUGUGAAGAUGGGAUCCAAUGACCAGCAACUUCCACUUCCAGUUUUCCUAGUUGCAAGUGUUCUUGAGACCAAGAAUAAGCGAAUUCUCAAGGAAGCCAAAGGUUUGGAUGAUGUUGUAAACAUCUUGGGUGAUGUAACUGGAAAUCUGGAUGCCAAAAAAGCUUGUAAUGAGGCAUUGAAAUUACAUAAGAAGUACUUGAGCAAGAUCAAGAACUGACAAAUGAUGCUUAAGGCUCAAGUGGUACAAAAAUGAAAGCAAGAUGAUUGCUAUUUCAGCAAUGGGUUCAGUUUUUCUACCAUUGUUAAAAUUCAUCAAUUCUCAUUCUAUUCCCAGUUACCAUUCUAAGGAAAUGGUGGGAAAAUUCCAAGUUUGCUCUGUAUAUAUGUGAGAUGUUUGCGUUCUGUGACUUUUAGCCCUUUGGAUAUUAAUCUCUCUCCUUUUAAGUCUUCACUCA